AUGCAAGAAAUCCAUCAACAGCGACUUGAGGCCCGGGCAGCUCACAAGGAGCACCUCCUCACGGAGGCCCGCAACGGCAACUGCCGAGCUAUUGCCCAUAUCAGGGCUUCGGCCAUGGGAGGACAGUCAGAAGGCUCCUACAUCCAGAGGCACGCGUUGCAUGAAUCUGCGCCCGUUACACAAGAAGAGAUUCUUAAGGAUAAGCGCUCCCGCAUCCCGCGCUACUUUACGGCUCUUAUCCAGGGCCGCCAGGAGCUCCCUGUCCUCAUGGCUCGGGUGCAUAGGCGGGCUCCGCCAUACUCCGGGCACCAGAUUGGCUGUAGGCCGGGAGUUCAGGCAGCAGACGGUAUCAUGGCUGCGCAAUCAACGUUGCAGCUGCUGCGGCAGACUAGGGUCAGAGCUUUUGCGGCCAAGAUUGACAUCCGUGCUGCAUUUGAUAGCCUCAGCCAGGCUGCCGUUUUUCGGUGGCUUAUGGACUGCUCCCCCGGCAUAGAAUGUGAGCGACUGUUCCAGCUGUUACAAGGCACAUCGGUCGAGCUUGCCCUUGGAGGUGAGACUCAUAGAGUCUCUCUCGACCGAGGACUUAUGCAGGGAACGGCGUACUCCGCCGACGUUUUCAGUAGGGUCAUGGAUUACUUUCUUGCACCAUUGCAUGAUGUGUUUUCGCGACAGUUCAGUGACUGGGAUGAGUACUGUCUCUCGUUACCACAUUUCAUCAUCUAUGCGGACGAUAUUGUUGUGUUCGCGGAGACACCCGCGGCACUGCAGAGUAAGCUCCAACAGAUCAUUGAUGUGUUGGCGACGAUAGGCCUGGAAGUGAACCCAGACAAGAGCUGUGUCAUGGCCUCGCAUGAUGGGUGUGUGCCGGGCGUCUUCCUUAGAGGACGCGGGUUGCCGCUACAGUCCCAGGACUCCCUUGUGUUUCUAGGCGUGCCUCUGCAUCACUCGCCGAACCCUCAACUGAUUAUCACGCAUUUGCUACGCAAAACAAGCAAUGCAUACUACGGCUUUAAGAGGAUCAUGGACGCAGGCCAGGCCCCUAUCGCUACUCGGUUGCACAUUUUCAAUACUUUCAUUACCUCUAAAUGGGCGUGGGCUGCUCCCCUGCUUAUGCCCAAUGCGCGGGCCUUACGACGGUUGGAGGCGGCAAAAAACACAUUUCUCCUAUCACUGUUCCGGCUCCCAACUGACCCUCUCAUGAGUUGGGUCGAUAAUACCAUUACGCGCAGAAGGGCUGUCAAAGUGAUAUGCAGACAGAACGGGGGGCCCGACUGGCGCAAGACCUGGCUACUUCGACAGUGGUCCUACCUUGGCCACCUGGCCAGGACUUCGCACCUGCAGCCCAUGAUGCGCAUUCUUAAAGCCUGUGGACUGUCUUCGUCGAUAAGACCCGUACCCCGCCCCGCCUGGUUAGCAGACCUCCUCAUUAGGAGAGUCCAACGAGUGUACCAGACGUGGCCUUGGGCUACAAUGAUUCCGGCUUGGGAGGCUUUCGCCCAAGACCGCAUUCAGUGGGCUAACCAUGCCUCAUGGUGGGUUUCACAUUGGGUACAAGAUGAUGCGGUUCCUUCGAUCGAGUACCUUCAGGAGAGGCAGGUGGUCAUCCUGAGGGGUAAACAGGGGAUUCUUGACUGUUUCCUUCGUCCCGCCAAGGACUUCACUGAGGUGCCUUACACGACGUCACUUCCAGUAAUCAAGCAUGGUAAGAUGCCUGGUUCCUUUGUGUGGGGGAAAGCAGAGCAGGGCAGAUGUGCGGUCAUUGUUUCGCUAUGCUCGAACCCCAAACAAGCCUUUGUUGUGCAUACUAUGGCACAUGACUGUUCGCUACAAGCUAUGAGUGCGGCGGUGCUAAGGCUGGCCUGUAAGGUUCGAGGCAUUUUGCUUCACUUCGGUGCGCCUAGCCGAAUCUUCAUGGGGGCUCACCUGUUACAGCGCACAGUUUUCCAUGGUCAUGUUCCUUUGGCUUUGCUCGCUGACUCCACUGAGGCACUUAACCUGCUCGAUUCACAGGGUUUAGAUUGUCUCGUUUUGCCGCCACUCUUCAAGCCGCAUUCUCCUUGGCUGGCACUGCAUGACUCUGUAACAUUGCCGGCCGUACAUACUAAGUACCUUGUGCGUAGCUUGGACUUCAGUGCAGCCUUUUUCUGUACGGGUGCGCAGGAGCUGGCAGACGCUAUGCAUAGGGUCAAGCCGACACCGCGUGCCCCUCAGCUGCCGUUGGCUCCUUAA